UUGCUGAAUGCGUGAGGAUUUUGAAGAAAAUAAAUUCUAGCCUGCAAUCAGCGUGACUAAAAACUAAAUAACUUUCUAGUUUAUAAUUUUUAUUUUGCAGAAAUACGCAGCAUCCAUUACAAUUUUAUAUGAAAUGUAGUUUAAAAAUUAUCAGAAAACCGAGAGCCCUUAAAGUUGCAGCUACUACUCAAUAGAUGGCGCCACAGAAAACAACCAAAAAUUUAUUUUAGCCAUCGGUGGUUCAUUUUCAUUUUCAUAAAUUCUUCUCAUUUGCAGGUGUGCAAAUGAAAAAUGACUAAACAACAAAUUGUUUAAAUAAAAACACUUUUAUAUUUAUAUAUAUUGAGUAAGUUUUUCCACCCAACAACAACCGAUUAUUAUACAAAUAACAAAACAAGAUAGGGCACUAGAGAUGCUGUAAUGUAUUUGAUGUAUUUGAUUUCGGGUAGAAAAUUAGUAUCGGUAAUACUUGUAUUUGAUUGUAUUUGUUUAUAUUUGUUAAUUGUUCGCGUUCCACAUUAAAAAAAUAUCAUCGCUGGUCGAAUACUGUAAGUGAAAUAACAUUGGUUGAUGCAAACCAUUGAUAAAUACGUGUUAAUGAUAAGCACUCGCUAAUAAAAGCGGAGGCAGCACCGCAAUCAACCUGUCACGGAAAAAGGGCGUACCCAAAUGUGAUUUCAAUGCUUAAUUUUAAUCAAUUUAGCCAAAAAUACACUUCUAAAUACUUGUGGUUCCAUGCCGUAAUAAUGAGUCGUUUAGUGAAUUGAAAGAAUACAACGAACUUCGAACAUAUUACAUUAAAAUUUUCAAUUAAAAAUCGACUCCGGCGGUGUUUGUUUUUAUGUCCCCUCGAAAGAAUUUCGACCAUUGCCAUACUGAUAGAGUGAUUUAAUUAACGCCUUAACCUGCUGAUCGAUUUGUAACAUAAUUUAUUGUUCACCUAAUAAAACAAAAAGUCCUUUCUCGGUGUAUAACGCACUGCCUAACUGCAGGCGUGAUUGCGAUUGAACUCCAUUUCGGUUAACUGCAACAAAUUUCUAUUUGUCUCGUCUCGGAUAACGCACCUGCGCACCUGUGAGACGCACACAAGCACCUAGGGCGCAAAUUGGGUUGGUUAAGUUGCGCGUAUGAUUAGUUCAAUCAAUUCUUUUGCUACCGUCCAUAUCAGCGGUCAGAUUUGGGACACCACAUUUCAUAUUUCCUGAACGCAGAGUCGUUAGUUAACAUAGGUUUAAUCAAUGCCGGCCAAACGUCAGCAAGUGAUACGCAGAUGAUAAGAUUAUAAACGUUGAACAGUGGAAUAUAGGUUUAAAUUGCAAACGUUGUUCAUUAAAGUACAGUAACGUGAUUUGCAGUGCCCUAAGUGACUAGAAAAGUUUCGUCGCUGAAAAAGGAUUGUACGUGUUGUAUAUUAGUAGUUCACAGUGGAUCGGGAUCAUUCAUUGUGCAUAGUGCUCUGUAAGAAUCCUGUAAGAAUAAAAAUGUCCGUAGCUGUGAAAAAAUAUUCCAACUUCUUCGUUCGUGUAAGAAUGAUCGCAUUUUAUAAUACGUUGCCGAUAAGUGUAAUGAUUGGAACCGUUCUGUCGAAUUUAGGAUGCCGCACGAAACUUAGAGUUGGAAGACUUCGAUACAUUCAUCAAAGUCCUUCAGAAAGGUGUUGACGUAAAUCAGCGCACAGAAGGCAUGAGAUACUCGGUGUUUGAACUUGCAUGCAAAACUCCAGGAAAGAAGAAGUUUAUCCAAACGUGUCUCAAACGUGGCGCUCUUGUUACAGAGAAAAAUCCCGAAACCAACGAAUAUCCCAUUCAUCUAGCGGCUCGGUCCUUCGAUAGUGACAAUCUUUCGCAGCUGCUUGAAAUUCAGGGAAUCUAUGUCGAUCAGAAAUUCGAGGAUCGUACUGCGCUGUAUUUGUUGUUUGAUCAGAUCGAUAGUAAUAACUGGAGCAAAGUGUUUGAGUGUAUCAAAUUGUUGCUCGAAAAGCGCGCCAACAUAAACGCAACAGAUGAAAACAGUGUGUCACCUAUAGCACUGUUAGUGACGCGUGGGAACGAGGACUGGCGGAAAGAAAUACUGGAAUAUUGUCUACAAAAUUACUGCGUCAACGUAGACUUUCGCCGGAAACAGGCACGAAAAGCAAUCGAGAAACAUUUUCCGCGUACUGUGAUUCCAAACAUCGACAUGGAAAAGGUGACGGUGGAAGUGCUCCGGAACAAACUAGCAGCUGGUACGGAGGAUGAUUUUCUCACAGCAUAUGAGAAAUACAUUCAGCAAAGCGAAGAUAACGUGCUGCGAGAACAAGAUUGUGCCGAGCUUUUAUCUUUGGCAGUGUACCGGGCGAAGCUGUCGGCUGCUCAGAAGCUCAUUGAAGGAAAAAUAGAGAAUGGCAAAUUUGUGGGCGAAAUUUCACUGCUUUCCGGACUGCUGGCCAAGUGUUGUAAUGGUGGCAAUGUUCCAAUGCUUGAAUGGUUGCUUAAAAUCAUUCCGGAUCAUGCGGUAGCGGUGAUAAACGAAGAUCCACUACUUUCGUUGCUUGUGAAGCAGAUCGACGUAUACAAGGAUAAGAACAAGUGUCCGUUCUUCAAAAGCAUGGGAAUUCUGUUGAACGAUCCGCGCACGAAUAUCAACAAAAUAGAUGUGAAAAAGUAUACUGCGAUGCAUUACGCUGUGAAGUAUAAGAUUGAUCAUGCUCAGGAGCUGUUGCUUGCCAAAGGUGCCUACAUCGGUGGCGAGGAUCUAUUUGGAGAAUCAUCGAUCAGCGAGAUGGAUUCGUACCUGUUGGAGAAACAUUUGGACUCAUGUGUGACGAGUAACGAUUGCGAACCAAGCGACAAUGAUUACAAAAUGAUAAUUGAUUACUCUAACUUUGUACCACCUGGCCAGGUAACGAGUAACGAUGAGAUGAGGCCUAUUGUACAGAUAGCACAAACAGAUAACAAAAAGCAUCUGCUUUGGCAUCCGGUGAUAUCGAGCAUAUUAUUGUUAAAGUGGCUAAACUUAAUCCGCUUAAUCUUUAUGAAUUUGUUGCUUUCGUGUAUAUUCACCUUCUCGAUCACGACUUACAUUGUGUUCUACUUUGGCCAAGACCAUACACCUUCAAGAUCGAUAUUUUACUAUGCCGCUACGUUCGGCUGGCUGUACAUAACAGGACGCGAAUCGAUCCUGUUUUUGCUGAAUAGCCGGGUGUAUGUACGAACGUUAGAGAACCUAAUCGAACUGCUGCUCAUCAUUGCAUCCGGAGUAGUGUUAUUAUGUGGAUCGAGUGAUGGGAUAUAUUCUUACAUCGCGAUCGGUACUAUCCUUUUAUUGGGACUAGAAUUUACGAUGCAAGUUGGAAUGCUCCCAGUAGAUUCCAUUUCCACAAACAUGAUUACGUUAAAGACGGUGUCAGUAAACUUUCUUAAAUGCUUGGCAAUGAACUCGAUAUUAUUGCUUUCCUUUGCGUUCGGUUUCUACACGGUGUUCCGGAUAGCUAACGUUAAUGGACACAUUGAGAAUGAUGCUGAGCGGUUCAAUCAGUUUCGGGAAAUGAAACUUGCAGUACUGAAAACGGUUGUUAUGUUGACCGGUGAAUUUGACGCUGCAAGCAUUCAGUAUGAUACAUCUGGGAUUAUUUACAUCUUGUUUUUCCUGUUUGUGUUCUUGGUGGCGAUCGUUAUAAACAAUCUAAUGAGUGCACUUGCUGUGAGCGAUACUAUGGCCAUUCAGUCGGAAUCAGAAAUUAUCGCUAUUACCAAAAUGGUGUUCGUCAUCUGCAGACAUGAAAACACUAUAAAGGCAUUAAAUUCUUAUCAGUUCAUAGCUAAAUACUUAUCGUGGUUGAUACCAUCAAACAGUUUGCAGCUUUUUCCCAGCAGGGAACCAAUAAAGGAAAUCGCCCUACGAAUGUCUCCAUUCAUCAAAAUGGAAUAUAAAACACAGUCAAUGGAAAACCCAAAUAUUGAAACUGUAGAAAAUGGCCCGGAGAGAGAACUGCUGGGAAACCAAGUUUUAAAUGAGCGUUACUAUACGCAAAGCACAAAUAACUUCUUUUUCAAGUAUUUCGAUGUGAUGUUAUAUAAAAUCGUGAAAACUUCAACCCAAAUUCUACGUUCACGCCAGAAACCCGACGAUCCGAUCGCGCCGUAUCAAUCACAGUUGGAGGAGCUGAUAAGAAUUGUGACACAGCUGAACAUGGAACUUAGGCUGGAGUCUCGGUUGCGUCGCAUGCGAUUUCGUCGCAAUGCGAAUCGCAAGUGCAGUCACUGUUCAUGCGAUUCGCAUUACGAUUUUUGUGUGAGACAAAUUUCUUCAUAGAGUAGUUAAAUAAAAUCUGCUAGUUAAUAAACCAUGCUGGUUUACGUUAUUUGUGACCUCUUUAGUAAAAAUACGAUGAGUUUAAAAUAAAUUCAAGUUGACAGAUGGCGUCGCAUGCGACGACCCGACGGAAUUAAAAUUUGUUGAUUCCAUCGUACGACGAAAUCGUACGUCCGACGUUA